GAGGGUGGAGACUGAGCUGGAGACCUGUUUCAGUAAUUCUCACUUCCCUGUUUACGCGGAAAGAAAGCACAAGGCAGCAAGAAAUUUUGAUUCGGAAGUCAGCUCUUCACACAAGAAGUCAGAAUGCUCUAUACGGAGUUACUGCAAUUGUGGAAUGAGUCAGUGCAUGCCAUGGACAAGAAGGACUGGCAAGGAGCUCUGCAAAAGCUGGAACAGAUCACCGAACCGACAUCUCGCACUCUCUUCAAUGCCGCAUCAGCACAUCUGUGUCUGGGACAGCUGGAGUCUGCCCUUGAGGCUUUAGAUCUCACAAUUGUCAAGGAUCAACGUCUCGCAGUCGCAUUCUUCCAGAGAGCAGCCGUCAUGAUGCAGCUUGACAGGUUGAACGAGGCUCUGUCUGACUGUGUCUGGGCACAGAAACACUUGAGAGGAAAUAUGGUCAUUGAUUAUCGGCAACUUGGGCUGCGUUAUAAGCUCUACAGCUGGCAGGUGUUACAUAAUGCAGCAGCUGUUUACUGCCGAAUGGACCAGUGGGAACAAGCCAGAGAUAUUCUCAUGUCACAAAGUCAAGGGGGGAAUUUAGAGAUGGCUUUGGGUAGCGUCCUGAGAAAGGAAAUCCUUGCGCCUCUCAUGGUACCCGAGGAUGUGGUGUUUCGUCCCAGGAAAAAAGAUGUGGAACAGCUCAAGCAGAGAGACUUUUUAGGAAAAGCAAAGGUGAUUUCUUCCAUGAUUCCCAAUGAUGAUUUUGGUGGAUUCGAGCCUCUCAGGUUACAGAAACCUGGUUAUUAUCAGCCCAAGGUGGAUGGUGCUCAGGAGUCUCGCUACAUGUGCAUGUCAGUCCCUUACAUGGCUCGAGGCCCAGGCCAUUUGACAGUGCCCGGCGGUUCCAAGGUAUUUUUAUUUGAAGAUCAGGACAAGGAUGGGAUGGCAACUGUCAUAUAUGAUGGACAGAGAGGACUUGUGCCAAUGUCUCUGCUGAAGCCAGUAAAUGUCAAGAUGACCAAAGGCAAAACUGAAAGUACAUUUGCUACUGGGAUUCCCCUCCCUCCAGGUCUCAACCCACCCUCUCGUCCACAGAACUGGUCUCGUUCAGAAACUCCUUCUUGGGGAGGACAACUUUCUUCAGACACACCACCGCCGUCCUACUCAACCGCCGCCUAUACUGAACUGCCACUCCCAGAGCCUCCCAACUACGCAGCCAGUUCAGCCAGCGGUCAGGAUGCCACCUCGGUCCAAGAAGCAGAAGCAGACUCUGUGAUCGUAAAAGUUCACUACAUGUACACCGUGGCACUGUCAGUCCCUUCAAAUACAUCAUACCAUAAACUGAAGGAAGAAAUUGCACAGCAACUGGAUCAACCAGCAUCAUCUCUGCGCCUCAGACAGAGGAAGCACGGUUCUCGGGUACUCGUACCUCUUGAAUGGGAAUUAGAGGCAGGGAGGACUAUACAAGACGUCUCAGAGGCCGGCAGAACGACAGUGUGGUGCCAGACAGAAGAUUCUCUGAACAACCACACCAUCCUGUACCAGAUGGUGGCGCUAUAUGAUUAUUCUGCUCAAGGUCCAGAGGAUUUGGAGUUCAGCGAAGGGGAUACAAUUGACAUCCUGGGUGAAGUGAACGAGGAGUGGCUGGAGGGACACUGCGCAGGGAGUAUCGGCAUCUUCCCCAGCAGCUUUGCCAUGAGGGAAAAUGAAAACUUGAUGCCGUUGUCUGAGUUUUAAAACUGAACCAUAAUGAACAAUACUUUCUCUGAGACAGUUGCAAUUGGCUCCAGCACACCCGCAGUCCUCGUGAGGAAAAGCAGCUUGGAUGAUGGAUGGAUGGACGGAUGCCUCAACUUUUUGGAUGAGGCCUUGUUCGUGUGUUUUUUGUCAUGGAUGUUUAUGCUACAGUAUGUGCUGUAUAUAAAAAGAAUUGACAUUGUUAAUGAAAAGUUGUCAUAGUUUUGUGAGACAAUAACAGGAAAGUUGAAGGAACAUUCCCAUGUGCUGUUGUAAGUGGAAUUAAAGACAAAUGUAGAGAGCUAAUUAUUAGGGUAGCUCACGCAUGCACAGAACUAUCAGGGGCCUAAAUGUGCGCACAAUAUAAUGAUGUUGAUUCAUAAGAACAAUUUAAGAAUAACAUUUGUUUUGCUUUUCUUCCUAUCACAUGGUUGAACAGAAUGGAAUGAACUGAAACAUAAUUAAAAGCAUUGAAAACAAAUACUGUA